AAGAAAACGUGAUGAAUAAGAGGAAACUACUGUUACGCAAUUGCAAACGUCACUCUCUUCUUCUUCUUCUUCAAAUCUGUCUGUUCUGUUAUGUUUAUAACAGCACCUCACCAACGCCACAGCUUCCCACUUCAAAUUCAAAUUCAAAUUCAAUUGAAGUCCAAAUCAAAUCAUCUUCAACUCUCACAGCGGACAUGGCUGCUCCCUCUCCCACCCACCAACCAAAUCCGCUCAUCACUCCCUACAAGAUGGGCAGAUUCAAUCUAUCACACAGAGUUGGCUUGGCACCACUCACCAGAGAGAGGUCCUACAACAACGUUCCACAACCCCACGCCGUCCUCUAUUAUUCUCAGAGAUCCUCCAACGGAGGCCUUCUCAUUGCCGAAGCUACCGGAGUCUCCGACACCGCUCAAGGGUUUCCCGACACGCCUGGCAUAUGGACGAAGGAGCAAGUGGAAGCAUGGAAACCCAUCGUCGAUGCUGUUCAUGCCAAAGGCGGUAUCUUCUUCCUUCAGAUUUGGCACGUGGGAAGGGUUUCAAACACAGGCUAUCAGCCAAAUGGGCAACAACCCAUUUCCUCUACGGACAAGGCAGUCAUGUCCUCAGAAUACACGCCACCGCGGCGCCUAAGGACCGAUGAAAUUCCUCAUGUAGUCAAUGACUUCAAAAUUGCUGCAAGGAAUGCCAUGGAAGCUGGUUUUGAUGGGGUUGAGAUCCAUGGGGCACACGGCUUCCUACUGGAUCAAUUUAUGAAAGAUCAGGUGAACGACCGAACAGACAAGUACGGUGGAUCCUUAGAGAACAGGUGCAGAUUUUCCUUGGAGGUUGUCGAAGCUAUUGUUAACGAGAUAGGGGCUGAUAGAGUUGGUAUUAGGUUAUCACCUUUUAUAGACUAUUUUCAGUCGGGAGACUCAAAUCCCCUGCAGCUGGGGCUUUACAUGGCUAAUGCCCUCAAUAGGUAUAACCUUGCUUAUUUACACGUGGUGGCGCCCAGAAUGGGAAGUAUGGGAGGUAAACUUGAAAGCCCUCAGGGCAUGGUGAGUAUGAGAAAGGCCUUCAAUGGCACUUUUAUAGCUGUUGGAGGUUAUGACAGGGAAGAAGGGAUGAAAGCCAUUGCUGAAAACAGGGCUGAUCUUGUUGCCUACGGUCGUUUGUUCUUGUCGAAUCCAGAUUUGCCCAGGAGAUUUGCUCUGAAUGCUCCUCUCAAUAAGUAUGAUCGCCAAACAUUCUAUAAAGGCCAUCCUGAUCCUCUUGUUGGGUAUAUCGACUACCCUUUUCUUGAUGAAGAAUGGAAUGGUGUAGCCUCCUAGGCUUUCACUAACCUCUUUUAUCCUGCAAAUUCCUCGUUGUUUGCUAUUUUGUUGCUCAGAUUUUCAUUCACAUGACAUUAUUAUUCUUCAGAUACUUGUAUGCUAAGGAUCUGUAUCCACUUUAACAUAUGUUCUAAGUUGUUAGGGCAUGUGGUAUUUGGAACUAUUCUUGUUGUAAUAAUAUAGUUCUGUUCUUCGAAA